AGGAGUCUGGCUCCCACUUGCUGCCUCGGACGCGCGGCGAGGCGGCCGCCGCCGGAGGAGCCCCCGCCCCUGAGCGCCUCCCUCCCCGGAGCCGGGCCCCUGCCUCCCUCCGAGCGCGCUGCUGCUCGCGGCCGCCGCGGCCGCCGAAGAAGAGCCGGGGGCCAGUCUGUUUCCAGGUCUGGCUCGGGGCCGGCCAGCGGCGGCGGGAGAUGCCCGGGCGGCCAGCCGAGGCCCAUGUGGCGCGCUAGGGGGGACCCCGGCGUCCUGAAGGCGGAGGCGCUGGCCCUGCUGCCCUGCGGCCUGGGCAUGGCGUUCUCGCAGUCCCACGUGAUGGCCGCGCGGAGGCACCAGCACAGCCGGCUCAUCAUCGAGGUGGACGAGUACAGCUCCAACCCCACCCAGGCCUUCACCUUCUACAACAUCAACCAGGGCCGCUUCCAGCCGCCGCACGUGCAGAUGGUGGACCCAGUGCCCCACGAUGCCCCUAAGCCGCCUGGCUACACACGCUUUGUCUGCGUGUCCGACACCCACUCCAGGACGGACCCCAUCCAGAUGCCCUACGGCGACGUGCUGAUCCACGCCGGGGACUUCACGGAGCUGGGGCUCCCGAGCGAGGUGAAGAAGUUCAAUGAGUGGCUUGGCAGCCUGCCCUACGAGUACAAAAUUGUGAUUGCUGGCAACCACGAGCUGACCUUCGACCAGGAGUUCAUGGCCGACCUCAUCAAGCAGGACUUUUACUACUUCCCAUCCGUGUCGAAGCUGAAGCCGGAGAACUAUGAGAACGUGCAGUCUCUGCUCACCAACUGCAUCUACCUGCAGGACUCGGAGGUCACUGUGCGCGGUUUCCGGAUCUAUGGCUCGCCGUGGCAGCCCUGGUUUUAUGGCUGGGGCUUUAACCUCCCACGAGGCCAAGCGCUGCUUGAGAAAUGGAACCUCAUUCCCGAAGGCAUAGACGUCCUGAUAACCCAUGGACCGCCACUGGGUUUUCUGGACUGGGUCCCCAAGAAGAUGCAGCGGGUGGGCUGCGUGGAGCUCCUUAACACCGUGCAGAGGCGUGUCCAGCCGCGGCUGCAUGUCUUCGGCCACAUCCACGAAGGGUAUGGUGUCAUGGCAGACGGGACGACCACUUAUGUGAACGCAUCCGUGUGCACCGUCAACUACCAGCCUGUGAAUCCGCCCAUAGUCAUCGACCUCCCCACGCCCCGGAACUCCUGACUGCCUCUGCUGUCCCAGCCCUUCUGGUCCAUGUUAGCUACAUAUGCCUGGCCGAGAGCACGGACCCCCAGCCACCCUUCCUUCCAUGCAGACAACCUGUCUGGCAACGGGACCAGCCCAGCAGACAAGUCGAGGACUUGGAAUGAAGAAAAUCACCCCUGACUCUUCAGCCUUCUGUCACCCUGAGUCGGGACUCGGCAGGUCCCUGUCAGGGUUUCUUCACUCAUGACUGUUUUCUGUGUGUACAUUCUGUGCACCUCAUUAAAGGGCCGAACAAGUUCAUGACUCUGUGCUGCUUGGGAAAUGACUGGAUCUUCAUCCUUCUGGGUUGGACACCCUCGUGGGUUUGGGAAGCUGCUGCUCUUGGACAGAUUUUGGAAGUUCUUGCACAAAAUCUCCCUCUAACUGAAGGUCUGUGUGGCUGCAAGCCCCAGGGGUGGAGGGUGGGUGGGAGGUUUCGAAGCCUGGCUGCAAACAGCCUGCCCUCUCCUCUCUGGCUGGAGAGGAGACAGGCCUGCUUCACAGCUGCCAUCCUCCGAGGGAGCGUUCAGGGACAUCUCAGGAAUUCGGUGGCACCUGGACAGGCCAACAAGUCGUUUGCCUUGCGUUGUUCCCGUUUUUCUCCUGUGGGCAUUUUUGCUGACUUGAACAACGGCCUGCGCAUCCCAGGCACCACUCGGAGCCUGGAUUUGGGGGUUUGGUUCUACAGGACGAGCCGUUUGAGUGCCCAGGACCGGCUGGAGGGUUCCCGAGUCAUGGAUGACCCCUGGAACUUGGGGGCUGUGCUACUCUGCAGAAUUCAACCGCCUGGGGGCGUCCACAGGCCAAGGCAACCCUGCGACAUGUAUGUGCCUGUGUGGGUGGGCACACCCCUACCCCCUUAACUUGAUGAAGUGGAUCCCAUGUUUCUCAUUACUGUCCUCGAAUGGCCUCUUUCUCCCUUGGUGCGAUUUCCCUCAUGCCAUCUGGCAGCCGUCUGGGUGUCCACAGCUGAAGGCAGCCGAAGGGCGCACAGUCCUCACCGCCCAGGGCUGGUUGGCCCUGGUACGGGAGGGUGGUGGCGCGGGGGCAGAGCAGGCCCCGGGCUCCGGCAGCUCAUGUGGGGGGCCUCUCUUUCUCCCUUACAUUAGGACUGGGGCUUUGGGCUGAGUCUGAGGGAGGCGGCGGCAUGGGGCCUGGUUAGGGUCAGGUGGGGGCGAGGGGGGAAGGGUCAGCUUCUGUCCUUUUUAAAAUUUCUAUAUUUUGUUCAUCAUGGAUUUUUUCUGCAUCAAUUUUGAUUUUUCGAAACAUUGCAUUAAAAUAGUAUCCUUUCUCUUGAAUACUGAGUUUUUGGUUCCCGUUAACUUGUGCACCAGAGAGGCAG